AUGGACACUGAAAAUGUCACUGCGCACUUGAGGAAAUGUUUCAAAUCCGUUUAUGACAAAGUCAAGUUAGUGAACGGCCGGGUGGACGGCAUGGAAGCGCAAAUGACGCAUCUCAAACAGCUUAUCGAAGACGUCAAGACAAAGUCCGAAGCGGACAUCCAGGGACUGCAAGGUGAUGUUGAUACUCAGAAGGCGCAGAAUCAGCAGCUGCGAAACGAACUGGAUGCUGAGAGGGAUCGAAACCAGCGACUGGAGACUACGAUCAACAAUUCGCAACAGUCAAUCACCCGAAUUGAUCAAAAGUCACAUGAUCUCUCCAACCAGUUCUGUGCCCAGAAGACUAUCACUACCGCAAAUUUCCAAAGGACAGACGACUCUCAGGACAUCCUGGAGCUUAGAGAAGACCUAGGAGAUCGCUUCAGGACAGCAUUGGUUCAUACCCAAGAAUCUUUGCACCACAACCAAGCCGCCUAUAUCAAUGGUCUAGGACUCCUCAGAAAUGAGACGGCGGAAAAGCUCGCUACUCUGACAGAUCACCUCUCCACCGCUGUUGAUACCGUGCAGGCACAAUCCCGCGAGCAUACGGAAGCGUUCGAAAAGACCGCUCUGGUUCUGGACCGUAACUCUCAGCGUAUGAAAGAUCUCGGAAAUGCGAUGGUAGAACCACAGUUCCUGGAAGGCAUGAAACACCGCGUCGAAGAGCUUGAGAAUGCUGUGGAAUCACAUGAUGCGGCACUGCAAGCUUCUCAGGCUAUGACGACCAGACUCGAUUCCCUAGAUGCCCGCCUGGGCGUGUCGGAAGUCGCUAUCAAAUCCAUUCAAACGCCGAGUUUGAAACCUCCGACUACCGCAACAGCUACUUCUGCUCUGGACAGCCUUCGGAACAAGCUUGAUGCAAUCGACCUGUGCAUGAAGAACGAAGUUGCCUCAGUUAGGACCUGCAAAGAACGACUCGUUGCAUUGGAAAAGCACCGCGGUACCGCAGCGUCUCGCAAACUUGACAAUAGGGUCUGCGUAUUGGAAGAGAACUACGGCAAGAUGCGCAAUGACCAUACAGACAUGACCGCCAAGUGUGUUACCCACGAGCAGUUAGCUGCAACAAGGGAUUACCUUGCGACCUCUCUCAAGAGAGUGGUUGAGGACAACGUAUUCCCAUUAGGCAAGGAACUCAACCAGUCGCCGAUACCAUUGAUCUCACUGGACCUGGACAACCCACGUUCUUUCGACAGAUUCCUAAGAAUCGACAACGAACUGAGCGAUCGGAGCAGCAGGAGGCUCAGCAAUUAA